GUAUCCCUUCUACGUGACUUUACCGAAAGAACCAAGAAUAUCUUAUCAUCUGUUAUAUUUGUUUGUUAUUCUAACUUGCUGACCUCCCCCCGAAUGGACAUGAGUGAAAAAAAGCGUCAUUGAUUAUUGGAUUCCUCCAGGCUACAUAAAAGAUUCUGAUUCUAUGAGAAAGGAAUACUUUCUAGCGAUCCUCGUCAUAUCGUGUAAUGGAAAUUCCAUCGCGACAGGAACUUACUUUAUAACAUCCUAUCUGGAAAGGGAGCUUGAAUAUAACUUUAUUACAGAUUGGUAACUUAGCAACCGAGGAUGGUCUUGAAUAUAACUUUAUAGACAACCGAUGUUUCGUCCUGGGAGGGACUUAAAAUAACUUUAUUGAUAACAAUUCCCUGCCGCUUGACAAUAACUUUAUUGAUUCCCCGGGCGGCUCCCCUGAGACAAUGGCGGCGCAAACUUAGACGGGGUCGUGGUGAGAACCGACUCGUCAGGUGAGCCCUGAGUAUUAGGUGAGCCCUGAGUAUUAGGUGAGCCCUGAGUACCAGGUGAACACUGAGUACCAGGUGAGCCCUGAGUACCAGGUGAACACUGAGUACCAGGUGAACACUGAGUACCAGGUGAACACUGAGUACCAGGUGGACACUGAGCCAUCACGGAGUACCAGGUGAGCCCUGAGCACCAGGUGAGCAGCACCAGGUGAACACUGACUCAUCACGGAGUACCAGGUGAGCAGUGAGUACUUGAGUACCAGGUGAGCAGUGAGUACUUGAGUACCAGGUGAGCAGUGAGUACUUGAGUACCAGGUGAGCAGUGAGUACUUGAGUACUAGGUGAGUACGAAUCUCACGGAGUACCAGGUGAGCAGUGAGUACCAGGUGAGCAGUGAGUCAUCACAAAGAACCAGGUGAACAUAGGAUUCAUUCAAAGCUCAUUAAAUACAUAUGAACGUUUUAUUUUUGUCUAAACAGAAUGAGGACCUAUAUUUAACAGAGGGUCCUUGCCUCUAAACAUCUGAAAGUUAACCAGCAUUGGUUCAAGGAGCCUGACUGCUGGCGAGACUGAAUGCCGAGACGUUGCCAGUCUGCGUGUACUGUUUUGAACAGUUUUGAACUGUUGCUUAUCAAUGAAUGCACUUGCAAAUGGGUUGUUACAAAAUGAUAUUUUAUUGUUACUGUUUAUGGAUAUGUGAAGGAGGCAUAUUUUAUUAUUUUGCUCUUCGUAAUGAAUAGUUAUUUUGUGUUAUGUGCUGCGCUGUAUAUGAAUGUUUAUUUAAAUAUACACUUUUAAAAUAAAUGGAUGUGGUGUUUAUGUCUGAAUGUGGAUAACAUGUAUACAAUAUAUGGAUAUGCCAAUGGUUUUGUUGGCCUAUGUGAGUGCUGUGUUGUUGGUGUUUUGUGGAGGUCACUUGGGAGCUGUGAGGGAUGGACACCUAUACUCUACCCCAGCAUGGCGGCCCCAGAAAUCACCGUGGCUCCAGGCUUCCUGGCGGUGCUGAUCAUCGUCUGCACUUGUCGUCUGUGGGGGCAUCGUCGGCACGGGAGGGAUUGAGCAAGAGCGUCUCAAUGUGCUCUCUUGACGAAGCCAGCGCUGGGCUGGACGGGCCCGGCUUGGAGCCUGAGGAAAUCCUGCAGCUGACUCACGAGGCAAGGCAGCUCUCUGACACGCUGGCACGCCUGCGCCAAGCUGCCCUCUGCCCUGGUGUUGGCCCAGAUCUUGAUGGUGGUGGGAGAGUUUACAGACAGCUGGGCGAUGUACUGUCUGUGCUCAAGCCGGUGCUCAAGAGAUACCCUGCCCUGCAUUCAGUGGGGCUGCUGACAGCCAUUGGCAGCCUCAUCGCCACAGUGAAAGGGCACUGCCCAAAUGAGCAAGACAGUCGUUCCAACAGAUUGCUUGAGCAGGCUAUAGAUGGACUGGCUAUGGCUUUCAGCAGUGUUAUGUCUGAGUUCCUGAUGGGAGAGGUCGACACGAGAACUCUACAUUCUGCUCGUCAAGUCCGCAGCUUGUCUGUAGACAACUUGUUGUUUGAUGGAGUUUCUUCAGAGAACCGGACCUCCUCUGUUCAAAGUUUCCACAAAUCUGAACCUGCGAAGAGUCAAGACCGGGAGCUGCUUGAUGGUACCGUGGAGGCCAGCCUGUCGUACCUGAAGGCCUGGUCUGAGUAUAGCAAGGGACUUCUCGCCUACAUGGAACGCAGACUCAACCUCGAAGUGGAACAUGCAAAUACCUUGUUAAUGGUGAACCAGACAUUGAGUCCAGUAUUCAUGAACAAGCAGUGGAUGCCAGUGGUGCCCAUACUCUCAGAGGUGUUGAAGAAGGAGAAUGAAGCUGCGGAGAAUACAACUCGAAACACUGGGAAACCCUUCACAUCCACAUUACUGCAGCCUCUGGCUGCCCAGCGGGUUACACUGAAGACGAAGAGAAAGGAGAUCAAUGAGCAGUGGCACAGAGGCUUGGAUCAAUACCGAAAUGCCGAGAGUUGCCUGCGUAUAGCUGAGCUGCAGCGUGCGCAGAGGGAGGAGGACCUGGCGCUGGUCUCUACAGGGAACCUGGGAAACAGUCUCAAGACCACAGACAAGAGACAGCAUGUGCACGAGGAGGCCCAGCGUAAGCUGUUGGAGGCGGAGGUGCUGUGCCGUACUAAUGCGGCUGAAGCCUGGCAUCAGCGUGAUAAGCUGGUGACUCUCAAAGGGCGGCUCCUGGCUGUACUCAACCAGCUGUUGCAGAAGGCUGAUGCUGCUCUGCAAGAGGUGGUGGUGAGGUAUCUGGAGGUGGUGUACAGCAGGGACCCUCUGCUGCCAACCUCUGCGUGUGGAGAGACGCGCAUGUAUCGCCCUGGUCACAUGUACGUCGUCUACAUGCAGAGUGUGCAUGGCGCCCUUGGACACGUGCCCAGAAAAACGUUGGGCCAUAGCAAGAGUGAAGAGUUGUCGAUUGGCAGCCAGUGGAAUGUCCCAAUGGGGGUUCUGCAAUCUCCGUCUCUGACGGAGGAGCUGCCCAGCCUUCAGCUCUCACCCGGGGACAGCAGCAGCACUGGGCUCGCUGACUUAAUUGGCCCCCAGAAUUGCUGGAGCCUCAGUCAAAUCCGUUCCUCAAGCAGUGACUUGGAGAGUGCCGACGCUGUGAGCAGCUCACUCGACUCACCCUGCACCAGUCCAGGGGACAUUAAACGCAAGUUGUCACGAACGCCGUCAACGGGCACCAUGUCCUCUCUGGACGACCUGGAGGAUAAGGACCUCAGUUCCUUUGACAAAGAUUUGAAUCCCCUUUCAACCAGCAUGCCUGUAGUUGUUUCCGGACCUUUCAAGAAGACCGACCUAUCAGUAGCUGCCCGGACACAUCGUCUACGCCGGCUGCGUGCCCUCUCACGUUGCCGCGAGUGUGAUGCCUAUAUCUACUUUCAGGGGGCAGAGUGUGAGGAGUGCUUCCUCGUGUGCCACCGGAAGUGUCUGCAGACGCUGUUGAUCCGGUGUGGGCGGCAAAGACUCGGCGUGCGAGCCGCCAUGUUUGGGGAGGAGCUGCUGGCUGUGACGCGCUCUGAGCCCCAUGGAAUACCUAUUGUCGUGCGCACGUGCAUCGCCGAAAUGGAGAGGAGAGCCCUUUGUGUUAAGGGCCUGUACCGCGUAAAUGGGCUCAAGACCCAGGUAGACCGGCUUUGCGCUGCGUUUGAGAAUGGCCGCGAGCUUGUGGAGCUCUCUGAGCAGCCGGUGCACGUAAUCAGUAACGUCCUGAAGCACUUCCUGCGUCGGAUGCCGGAGCCUAUUGUGCCGUUUCAAUUGUACGGAGCGUUUCUGGAUUUGGCCAGGGAGAGUUUGCUACUGGGCGAUGAGGCCUUCCCCCAGAGUGGUCUUGAGACUCUGGAAAUCUGCCACACGGCCCCUGCAUUCCAGCACACGGAGCUGGGCCGGAUUCUCUCUAAACUUCAGGAUCUGCUGAAGCAACUUCCCUCGCCUCACUACAACACCCUGUCCUACAUCAUUCAACACCUGCACAGGGUGACAGACAGAGAAGAAGAGAACAAGAUGUCUUUCCGCAAUCUUGGAAUCGUGUUUGGACCAACGUUACUGCGCCCAUGCUCAAUGAAGGGCUCCUCUGAUCUGUGCUCGCUUGUAGAUUAUCCCAUCCAGUCACAUGUGGUGGAAAUGUUAAUAUUUUGGCACAAGAAGCUCUUCAGUGAAAUUAGUUAUGUUGUUUCCACCGAUGACUGUGGCCCGUCUGUCAGAGAGGAACCUAGUGCUGCCAAUCCUGUGAAAUUUGACAAAACUUUGAAGAGUGCUGCUGGGAAUAAUGACAUGCCACCUUGUGUGAACGUGGAGCAUGCCAAGUGCUCCGAAGUGUUGGGGUGUAGAGCUGAAUGUGUUGCCGAGUGCAGCUGCCUGCCAAGGCUGUGUGCAGCAGCGGGUCUGGAAUGGGACCUGCAUGAGCGCCCUUGUGCAGAGAAUAUUGGGCAUUCUCAAUACUGCUCCUCACGAAGCUCUUCUCAAGAGGAGGGUCAUGACCCAUUCUGCUUUGUGAUGGCAGGAUCAGAUCAGCUGACAUCUAACAGUACCACGGUGCCAGGGGCUGUGGCUGCAAGUGUGGACGUCAAAAAUACUGGGAACACAGUUGCAGUGGAUUUUAAGGAAUUUCCAAGGCUCAUCAGGGGUACAGGCAGUGCUGUCCCACGCAGGAGACCUCCAGUGAGGCCUCACAGUAGGCCCACAAAACUGCGCGAUGUCAUCCACGCAACAGCAGGAGUGACCAGCGCAGAUUACGCACCGCAAAUGGAACACUCUCAUAUAUGGCUUCCGGACUCUCGCGGUCCAGACAGUGAAACCAUUUGCAGAAGCAGCAAGAAUCAACCUGUGAUGGCGUCUGUGUCUGAUGAACAAAAAUGCUGUGUGGGAAAGAAUUACGUAAUCGUUCACGAAAAUAAUCACGGGCGACCGCACGAAGAGACGCAGCUGACCCGUUCACUAUGCACACAGGAAAUGUUUUACCAGCCAUCUAGCCUGACCAACAGUACCGUGUUUUCAACCAAUGCUUCUCAGUUAAGUAUUUCUUCCAAAUGUCAUCCACCGCCCACUGCUAUUUCCCCAUGCCUAAAUGACAACUUGAAUAAUAGUAACGCGAGUCAGCUCAAGAAAUCUGACACCAGCGUGUUGCUGUCUCUGCCACUGGGAAAACCUGAGCUGCAGGCUGAUGAGGAUCGGCAACCGGAAUUUGUAUGAGGGUGAUGUGGUUUCAAAUUUGCAGAGUUAAUUGCCUUGUACCCACUCGACCACACGUCUGUUGCUCCACAUUACAAUUUCAAAGUGUUUUUGUUCUGGUGCCAGAAAUGUAUUUAUACCAAGAUAUGUUGGUGGUACGGUCUUGUAUUAGACUUUAUUACAGGAGGCUGAACAUUUUUAUAGACCUAGACUGAUAGAACAAUGUCCGAGUUUUGUCAGCAGUGGAAAAGGUGGUAAGCCUAGCACCAAUUGCAUUCUGAUGUUAAUCUUUAGCGACCCAGGCGAGGCAACUCAAGCAUGUUACUAAGAUCCCCAACACAUGUUUGCACCUUCGAUUAGUGCGGUUGGCUACGUAGCGUGCGAAAGAAGUUCAACAUACAUACAUUGCGUAUACUCAGCUGUGCCUGCUUCAGGGAUUGCAUGCAUGCUGUGUAAAUAUUAAAAUCAGCAAUGGAAAGUUGAAAUGCAUAUAUACAAGCUGUUAAAUUACCGCAUGUUACUCAAGCCAUUGCAUGCAGCAUGUAUGUAAAACUUGAGUGUUAAUAAUCUUUACAAAUGUGCUUUAAAAUAAGUUCGUAUUAUACAUUCAAAAUUCUUUGGAGUGCAUUCAAUCUCACCUUGUCUUUCAAAAUGAAUGCCUUCACAUGAAGCUGUAUACUAGCGCCAUGUCGUGCCACUGCAUUGGUAGUGGUACCGAUCUGCUUGGGCUGCGUGUGAUGUAUCACACGACGUCUUUCACUCGAGGCCAUCGUUUUGCCUUCCUGAAACCACUGCCUGCGAGAAAUGUUUGACAAAUGUUCCUGUUACAACAAUAACAUGCGCUGAAAAGUAUGUGCUGCUUCAGCAUACCAUAAUCGCAAGAUGUUUGGUUUUAACAAGGUGACCUUGCCUUUUGCAGGUUAGGACAUUGUCUGUUUUGGGUUUUUGAAUUGCAGAAACGAGAAGCGAAGUAUGCGGAAGAUUCUGUUUAUUCUUUAUUAAAGUGUUUAUGCACUGCAAAGAGGAUGCAGGCUAUUUAUUUGAAUAAAUAUAAUUCCAAGUGCUAAUGAUCAACAUGGUACUUCGGUACUGUCAAAACGCCUUGGUUGUAAUGAUUAAUGCCACACCUUUGGUGCCAAUUACCAUGAUCCUGUUUGUAUUUAUAUGUUUACAAGCGUAUGUUUUAUAGAGCUCUCGGAGUGUAAUGGUCGGCACACUGGACUUGCAAUCUGCAGGUCGCCAGUUGUAUUCUAUCUCCCAGCACGGCAGUUGAAACAAUGGGUAGUCUCUUAAACCACCCCCCACUUCCUUUGCCCACUCAGCAGUGGAUGGGUUCACCACCGUUAAGGCGAUCGGCAGGUGUGCUGGAGUUAACUGUGGGUUUGCCCACCUCUUCCACCACAUCUGGUGAGCAUGGAAGAGUAGACCAGGUACCCUCUAGAGCUCCCUCGAGUAGAGGCCCUAUGGCCAACUGGCGGGAGUGGACGAUUCCAGGACUGUACCGUUAUAUUUUAUAUAACCUUUGACUUGUACGCAGCAUAAUUCUGAAUCGGUUGAUUUGUGCCAUUGAGCUGUGCUGCAAGCAGACCGGAGAGGGGACCUUGUCCAGUCGUGUUCAUUCAAUAUGAUUUGUUUUUACCUUUUGCUGAUAAAUGUGGGAGCUACAAGUCGUACUUAAACAGUGUGUGUGGUCACACAAGAGCCUACAGUCAUUCAGGUGUCUCCAUUUAUUGAACAUAUUACAGCAGGUAUUCAAUGUCAUUGUAACAUCUUAUUAUAUAUACAGGAACUUGUUUAUCUAAAUGUUGUGGUAUAUUGACAUUUAUAUGACUUUUAAAAUGUAAAGAUAACGAAUCUAAAUACCACUCGGAUAACUCGUAUCUACAGCUCUAAUAAUUGAUUUUGUAUUUCAAAUUUAAUGACCACGGCUGUAGGUUAGGAACAUAUCGGGCAUGGCAAUUUAUGAUUUUUGUAAUGGAAUUUGCAGAGUACUGUAUUCCUCUUGACUUUAUACAAGGGAAAUUGGAUUGUUAUAUCACAAUUUGUUCAGUGUAUACGUUAUGUCUGGAACAGCAAUGAUACACUAUUUCUUUAGCAUCAAUAAAAUGUUUUUGACUUCUU